GGUGAAGGGAAAAACUUCCGGCACUCCUCGGAAAAAAAAUAAACAGCUGAGGGGGUGUUUUUUUUAAUCAACAAUGGCCGCAUCUCAGCUCAUGUGCAUGGACGAUGAUCACAUCAACGAAAAAAUACCUGAGUCUCAACCCGAAUUCUACUACAGCGAGGAGCAGCGCGCAGCGCUCGAACAGCUCUUGCAGGACGGCGACGGCGCUUUUAAAAGUAGGCUAAAGGAGGACAACGUGAAAGACUUUCUCUCUGCCCGCGAAAUCAAAUCGAUUCGAAAUACGUUUCAAGAAUAUGGAGCGGAUAGCGAGGAGGAUCCUGACUCUUCCCGGGCGUCCAAAGCAGACUCUGGGCUUCACUCUACGUACUGGCCCCAGCUGUCGGAUGUUGAGGUGCCACCGCUGGACAUCGGGUGGCCAGACGGUGGCUUUUAUAGGGGAGUGACACGGGUGUCAGUUCACACACACCCGCCGAAGGAAAACGGUCCUCAUAUUAAAGAGGUGGUUCGUAGGCUGAUCCAGGAAUCCAGUAAGGUGAUAGCGGUAGUCAUGGACAUGAUGACAGACCUCCAGAUCCUGCAGGACUUGCUAGAUGCCGCCUCCAGACGCAACGUGUCGGUGUACAUGGUGCUGGAUUCCGGAGGGGUCCCGCACUUCCUGGACAUGUGCAGCCGGCUGCAGGUGGGAGCCCUGCAUCUUCGGAAUAUCCGUGUGCGGACAGUGCAGGGCUAUGGCCUCCCCCUCUCCUGCGGCAAGCUCCCUGGCUCUCUGAGCAGCAAAUACAUGCUGGUGGACGGAGACAAAGUCAUGUUUGGAACGUACAGUUUCACGUGGAGCUCCUCUAGGAUUGACAGGAACACCAUCACUGUGAUGACGGGGCAAGUGGUGGACUUCUUCGACCGCGAUUUCAGGGAGCUGUAUGCCAUCUCCGAAAAUGUGGACCUUUACAAGGAGUUUUACAUCACCAAGCCGCCCGCGGCCACGCCCACGCGGGCCAAGGUGCAGCCCACGGCCGCUCCCUCUGCUUCCCGAUUUCAGGUGAGCUUGGGGGACUCUAGACAGGCUAACCUCAAGGUCCCGGCGCACAAGUACUACAACCCUAAGUACGCCCUGGUGGUAGGGGACACCAGGGGACUGACGGGCUCUCUGCAGGACCUCCGAAGCAGGAAGGACUCGGUGGGCGAACACAGCUCCCAGGACAUCAUGCAGAAGUUUCUGCAAUCCAGCAGCGAGAAGCUGGACAAAGUCUCUCCUCUGCCAUCCCCUUCCCCAGAGGCUGAGGACAAAGACGUCUCCAAGACGCUCAACGGAUUUGUGGGGAAGAAACAGCGCAGCUCUUUCAGGGUCUUCCUGAAAGGGAGGACAGCCAAUCAGAAUGCAGAGGCUGUGCAGACACCUCCCAAAUCCUCCACGGCUCAUGUCGCUGUGGACAGGUCUAUUGCAGAGGAACAGGAGGACAAAUUUGAGGUGCGGAUUUCAGAGAAGCCACCACAGCAAAAAGGAAAGAGCAAAAGAAUGUCAAAAUUGGGCCCAAAAAGCCAAUCUCUAAUGGUGGUUAACACACAAAAUGAGGAUGGCUCCAAAGAACACAAGCGAUCUCAAAAAAGAGGCUGUGUCCAGUCCUGAGAAAGAGGAAGGAAGAUCAUUAAGGAGCAGAUGGAGAGAGUUCCAAGGGAGAACUUUUGUGAUAAAGACUUUAAGACUUUUGAUAAUAAUUUAGGGCUCUUGUGCAAUCCAACAUGGAUUUAACUGUUAUUCUGUAGAUCUAGAGGUGUUCAUAUUAUUAAGAUAAGGCACCAGAGCAUUAAGUCUGGUGUGUAUGUGUGUUUUUACACAAAGCUGCCAAUUAAAUAUGCACACCAUAGAUGGGUAGUUCCAGUCCUGGAGAGUGACACUGUUUAUGCACUGUUUAUCUCAUCUUAUAAUGAACUAAUAGAAUUCAUUAUUUUGACAGGAAGUCAGCUCACCUGGUUUUCCUGGUGUAAAAUCAGUUGGUAAUUAAAGGGUAGGGGCAGGAGGGGGGCAGGGGACAGAGUCAUCCAAGAACUGGAAUUCCCCAUCCCUACAUGCACUUUUUACUUCUGUGAAUAACAUUUGUGAAUGAUAUGUGAAUGACACAGAGAUUGUGGAGAUUAAGGGUGUCACAGAGUCAUUCUUAAACCCCUGAAUACGGCAUGUGAACAUGGAACAUGCUUCCAUGAAAGUAAAGGAUUUCAUUAUUCUCAAUUCUGUAUAUCUCAGGUAAAAUACUGAUAGACUAGGCAAUCAUAUCAAAGAGCAUAGCCUGUUAAGCACACUGUGCUUUAUUAUGAACAACAGGCCAAAAAGGACUUUGUGUUCCUUAUUGCAAGGCAAUGAAUCACUGGCUGUGUCCCAAGUGGCAUUUUCGCUCACCUGCCCACAACAGUUCCCCUCAAAAUGGCACCAGAAAUGGCUGAAUCACCUGGUUUGAGGCACUGAUCUUUAUUAAAGGUCAGUGGUUUGAAGUUGUCCCAGUUCAGAAUAAAGAACUUCCAUUUGUACUUCACUGACACUUGUACUUGCACUUUGACCAAGUGUACAAUGCACAAACCCUUCACUCUGGUCCUAUAUCCCAGGAUUCCUUUGGUUUCAUAGGGUGUGCAAGACAUCUGUCUGUAAAUUUUACAAGAGUUUCGAUCUACAUUCACACCCCAAAAAUGGCAGGCUAACUCAUUUUAACCAAAUUGUAUCACUCCAAGUACUGAGUUUAACUGUCUGAAUACAUUUUUCACAAACAUGGAAGUUGCAUUUACACCAGGCUGAGUGAUUUGAUGGUGUUCACGACUUGGAAGGGAACAGAACUUGUGAAUUCUGGAUAGAAAAAAAUAUCUAAAGAAAGCUAAGCACACAGUGAAGUGUAGUGCAUCUGCAUUGCAUUUGGUAUGCAGACUGAUUCCCACGUUCCUUCAUUAUUUUUAUGCUUCAUUGGCUUCUUCCAUUUCUAUGGUUUGCAUAUGGUUACUCAAAUAAUGGCACUUAAAUGAUGACAGUGGGUGUCUGUCCCAGAUGCAGACCCUUCUUAUAUCCUUCCACUUUUUCAGUAAGCAUGGAAUUAUGCAAUGCAGGGAAAAUGUUAGGCCAACUACAGACCCACUCAUUUGCAGUUCUCUUGUGCACUUGGAUUGGGUUACAGCCACUCUAUUGCCAUUCAGGAAAUGACAGCAGUGUAGCACAACUAUUACACACAAAGCUUGCCACUGUCAGUCAUAGCGAUGUGGCCGUAUGUCUUCUUCAGGGUGUAGCACUUCCCUCAUUAUUAUUGUAUGAUAGAAUAAUUAAGGUAGGAUUAAUGGUAAUUAAAUUCAGCUUUAAACUGUGACUUUUUAUUUCAGUAUUGAAGCUAAUAAGCAACUGAGCUAUUGUAUGU